AUGUCGUCCGCAAACAGUAUCAAGGUUGUGGCCAGGUUUCGACCUCAGAACAAGGUCGAGCUUGAGUCAGGCGGAAAGCCCAUCGUUACUUUCCCUGGCGAGGAAACAUGUACUAUCGACUCCAAGGAGGCGCAGGGCAGCUUCACCUUUGACCGAGUUUUUGAUAUGGGAUGUAAGCAAUCAGACAUCUUCGACUUCUCGAUUCGCAACACCGUCGACGAUAUUCUCAAUGGAUACAACGGUACCGUCUUCGCUUACGGCCAGACCGGUGCCGGUAAGUCUUAUACCAUGAUGGGUACCAACAUCGACGACGACGAAGGCCGAGGUAUUAUUCCCCGUAUCGUCGAGCAGAUCUUUGCCAGCAUUAUGUCGAGCCCCGGCACCAUCGAGUAUACGGUCCGCGUCAGUUAUAUGGAAAUCUACAUGGAGAGGAUUCGAGAUCUGCUCCAACCGCAGAACGACAACUUGCCCGUCCACGAGGAGAAGAACCGCGGUGUGUAUGUCAAGGGUCUUUUGGAAAUCUACGUCUCGAGUGUUCAGGAAGUGUACGAAGUCAUGAGGAGAGGUGGAAAUGCCCGAGCAGUCGCCGCCACGAACAUGAACCAGGAGUCCUCCCGAUCCCACUCCAUCUUUGUCGUCACCAUCACACAGAAGAACGUCGAGACCGGUUCAGCAAAAAGUGGACAACUGUUCCUUGUCGAUUUGGCCGGUAGCGAAAAGGUUGGCAAGACCGGUGCUAGCGGACAGACUCUUGAGGAAGCCAAAAAGAUCAACAAGAGUUUGAGUGCCCUGGGAAUGGUCAUCAACGCUCUGACUGACGGAAAAUCUUCACACGUACCUUACCGAGACUCAAAGUUGACUCGUAUUCUGCAAGAAUCUCUUGGUGGUAACAGUCGAACAACUCUUAUCAUCAAUUGUUCGCCCAGUAGUUACAACGAUGCUGAGACCUUGGGUACGUUGAGAUUCGGUAUGCGAGCCAAAUCCAUCAAGAACAAGGCCAAGGUCAACGCUGAGCUCAGUCCUGCCGAACUUAAAUCCCUCCUCAAGAAAGCACAAGGACAAGUCACGAAUUUCGAAAGCUACAUCUCUAACCUUGAGGGCGAGAUUCAGCAGUGGCGCGCUGGUGAAGCUGUUCCCAAAGAGAGAUGGGCCCCGCCCUUGUCUACAGAUGUCGUUACUAGAACCAAGGCCGAUGUCAGGACGUCGACACGGCCUUCGACUCCUUCAUUAAUAGCAGAUAGCCGAUCGGAAACCCCGGCGAUAUCCGAACGUGCUGGCACCCCUAGCUUACCACUCGACAAGGACGAGAGGGAGGAGUUUCUACGACGAGAAAACGAACUGCAGGAUCAGAUUUCAGAGAGGGAGUCUCAAGCUGCGUCAGUCGAGAAGCAGCUUCGGGAGACCAAGGAGGAGCUGGCCUACCUCAAGGAUCACGACAGCAAAGUCGGCAAAGAGAACGAGAAGCUUACGACUGAGGUGAACGAGUUCAAGAUGCAGCUUGAGAGGCUUACAUUUGAGAGCAAGGAGGCUCAGAUCACCAUGGAUGCCUUAAAGGAGGCCAACUCUGAGCUUACCAUUGAGCUUGAUGAGUUGAAGCAACAGCUUCUUGACGUCAAGAUGAGCGCCAAGGAGAGUGGUGCUGCUCUCGAUGAGAAGGAGAAGAGGAAGGCUGAGAAGAUGGCCAAGAUGAUGGCUGGCUUCGACUUGGGCGGCGAUGUGUUUAGCGAAAAUGAGCGCCAUAUUGCGGAGACCAUCGAGAAGGUCGACUCGCUCCACGAGCUCAGUGCAACCGGCGACAACAUCGCACCCGAUGAGUUUAAGACACUCCGGUCUCGCCUGGUGGAGACGCAAGGUAUCGUCCGACAAGCAGAGCUGUCCAUGUACAGCACUACCUCGAGCGAGGCCGAUUCAAGACGGCGACAAGAACUUGAAGCUCGCCUUGAGGCUGUCCAAGCCGAGUAUGAAGAGAUUCUCACCCGUAACCUCGGCCCCGAAGAUGUCGAAGAGGUCAAGGCCCGGCUAGAGAACGCCUUUGCCAACCGCCAGACCGCUCAGUCUCAAUUUGUCGAAGAGCUCAAGGCCGAUAUUGCUCAGAAGGCUUCUGAGAACACAAGAAUGAAGACGUUGAUCGAUGAUCUCCAACAGCGCGUCAAGGCUGGCGCCACCGCGCCAAUGGCUAAUGGCAAGACGAUUCAGCAGCAGAUCGCUGAGUUUGACGUCAUGAAGAAGAGUCUCAUGCGUGACCUCCAGAACCGAUGCGAGCGUGUCGUUGAGCUCGAGAUUUCUCUGGAUGAGACCCGAGAGCAAUAUAACAACGUUCUUCGAUCCUCCAACAACCGGGCGCAACAGAAGAAGAUGGCCUUCCUGGAGAGGAACCUGGAGCAACUGACCCAGGUUCAGCGCCAGCUUGUUGAGCAGAACUCGGCUCUCAAGAAGGAGGUUGCUAUUGCUGAGCGCAAGCUGAUUGCCCGAAACGAGCGUAUCCAGAGCCUGGAGAGCCUACUUCAAGAUAGUCAGGAGAAGAUGGCUGCUGCGAACCACAAAUUCGAGGUUCAGCUCGCCGCUGUCAAGGAGCGCCUCGAGGCCGCCAAAGCUGGCAGCACUCGUGGUCUUAACUCGCCAGGGGGCUUCACAUUUGCCAACGCUGGCAGCAGGAUUGCUAAGCCUCUCCGAGGAGGAGGCGGUGGCAACGACGCUGCCCCAAGCAUCCCCACAAUCCAGAACCUUCAGGGCCAGAAUGAAGGCACCAGCAGCGGUGGUAGCAGCAGCAAGCGCGCCAGUUGGUUCUUCACCAAGUCAUAG